AUGGCUCCUUCUCCUACCAAACGCAAAGACCGCUCUGAUGAGAAGUCCAGGGAUCGUUCUAAAGAUAAAGGGGCCACCAAGGAGUCAAGUGAGAAGGAUCGUGGCAGGGAUGAAACUCGGAAGAGGUGCAGCGCUUCCAGUGGUAGCAGCAGCACCAGGUCCCGGUCCGGCUCUACCUCCAGCUCGGGCUCCAGCAGCAGCUCAAGCUCUUCUUCAGCGUCUAGCCGCUUGGGAAGCUCCAGCACAUCCCGCAGUUCCAGCUCCAGCAGCAUCUCUGGCUCGCCAAGUCCUUCUAGGCGCAGGCAUGGUAACAGGAGGUGCUCCCGCUCCAAAUCCGAACCACCCAAAAGAGAUGAAAAGGAAAGGAAAAGGCGGAGUCCUUCCCCUAAGCCCACCAAAGUCCACAUCGGGAGGCUCACCAGGAAUGUGACCAAGGACCACAUCAUGGAAAUACUCUCUACCUAUGGGAAAAUUAAAAUGAUUGACAUGCCUGUAGAAAGGAUGCACCCCCAUCUGGCUAAAGGCUAUGCAUACUUGGAGUUUGAGAACCCAGAUGAAGCCGAGAAGGCACUGGAGCACAUGGAUGGAGGACAAAUCGACGGCCAGGAGAUCACUGCCAACGCUGUGCUGGCCCCCUGGCCUCGGCCACCCCCCAGGCGAUUCAGCCCUCCAAGGAGGUUGCUGCCACCACCUCCCAGGUGGCGUCGGUCGCCCCCGCGAAUGAGAAGAAGGUCACGCUCCCCAAGGUGCAGGUCCCUCAUGCGCCGGCGGUCUCGCUCCCCUGGCCGCCGCCGCCACAGGAGCCGCUCCAGCUCCAACUCCUCCUGA